AUGGGUGAUGAUACUUUCAACGACAAGUUACUGACUGACAAGCUCUCGAAACUCAACAGUUCACAGCAAAGCAUAGAAUCUGUGUCGAAGUGGUGCAUAUCUCACCGCAAAAAGGCCAAGCAAGUGGUUGAAACAUGGGAAAAGCUAUUCAAAUCUGCACAGUCCCAGCAGCAAGUUUCCUUUUUAUACUUGUCAAAUGACAUCCUGCAAAAUAGUAGGCGGAAGGGCAAUGAAUAUGUGAAUGAAUUCUGGAAGGUUCUUCCGGCAGCUCUCAAGGGUGUUUAUGAUGGUGGCAAUGAGAACUGCAGAAAAGUUGCCUUACGACUGGUUGACAUCUUUGAAGAAAGAAAAGUAUUUGGGUCUAGGGGUCAAAAUCUUAAAAGUGAAGUAUUGGGUGAAAAUCCAUCUCCAGCGAACAUCGUGAAGAGCUCAAAUCCUAUCAAGGUGGUGAAGAGAGAUGCCACCUCCUUGAGAGUUAAAUUGGCUGUCGGAGGUUUGCCCGAGAAAAUAUUAACUGCUAUGCAGUUGGUUCAAGAUGAAGUUGCCAAUGAAGAAACAGCCUUAAUCAAAUGCCAUGAUGCUGUUUCUUGCGUACGGGAAAUAGAGAAAGAUGCUGUAAAUGCUUCUCGUCAAGGAAAUAUGCAGGCUGAAGUGAUAUAUAAUAUAGAGAAACAGGAGAAUAUGAUUCAGCAGUGCAUUAGUGAACUCGAAAAGUCUGAAGAAAUUAGAGUUGCACUAGUUUGUCAGCUUAAGGAAGCUCUUCAGGAUCAAGAAUCGAAACUCGAGCAGAUUCGUAGUGAGUUACUUGUUGCUCGAGGCCAGAUUCAGCAAGCAGCCAACAUUCGGCUCCGGCUAACCUCUGGCCCACCAUUAAUCAACCAGCCGGCCGGAAACCCGUCCCCACCACCACCACCUCCGGCCACCACCCAUUCACCGUUCUCAGCCUCCGCUGAUGAGGACAGCAAGAGAUCCGCUGCUGCUGCCGUGGCCGCCAAGCUGGCGGCCUCGACUUCCUCUGCCCAGAUGCUCACCUCGAUUCUCUCAUCCCUCGUGGCCGAGGAAGCUGCUUCUGUGAACGUGGGCCUUAAGAGGCCCAGGCUCGAGCCCGAGGGCCCGCCAGGCCCAUCACCCUAUUUCACGAGCAUGCCACCUGGCACGAUGAUGAUGCAGGCAGUUUCUCAAGUUCAAACCCAACCUUUCAUGCCGCCACCUCAGCCUCCGGCGCCACCACUUGUGCCUUUUAGUUACGGGCCGGGUUCUUUUGCUUUGGCACCCGGCCCGCUAGGUCAGCUGAGUCAGCCGGUGGGGCCCCAGCAGGGGCAGCCGCCGGCAAGUGGAGGCUAUUUUAGGCCGGUUGGGGCAGGGUUCUACGGGCAGCCGCCCACCACACCGCCGGUACACCGCCAGUGAGAAUGUAAUCUGACAUUUUUGUACAUUUACAGGAUAGGUAAUAUAUGGGUAGAAAGUAGAAACUGUAGNUUUCAGUUUU